AUGGAAUUAGAAGAAAUCAUCAAGCCGUAUACCCUAGCGCCUGAAGAGGCCAAACGAAAAGGCACGGACACCGCACAAUCGGCUGCUGGAGGUGCAAAGCGUCAACACACAGAAAGCAGCGGAGCUGCUUCUUUCUCGGCUUCUGCUACAGAAACAGGAGGGGGAACAGCAGGAAAAAUAUCUUUAGAGAACUUACCUGAUGAGAUCGAUGCAGAAGAUGUUGAGAAGAUUCUUGAACAAGCCGAUGAAGUACAUGUAGAAGAAAUCACAGAAGCAUCUAUUCGUCGUUGUGCUGCUCAACUCGAGCGCCGCAUUAAAAAAAAUCAACACGACAGAAUUAAGUUUGCUUCAAAUCCUGAAAAGUGGGUUAAGUCAGAGGUGGAUUUAAUGCUAUAA